AUGACCUCCAGGCAGUGGAGGGGCAGUCGAGGAAGACCAGGGCCCCAGGCGCCUACGUGGGCGGAAUGCACAAGCUUGGGUCUUGGCGGCCGGGGCUCCACGUCCCAGCACUAGCCAACGAGGGCCUCGGCCGCGCGCGAAUAUUCGUGCCUUCCUCGCUGCGAGGCUUUGCGAAUCUUGGCCACUAGCUAAAGGCGGGGUCGCCGGACCGGUAGCAACCGGAGACACUCAGCCCCGCAGCAGGAAAUGCGUCUCGUGGCUUCCGGCGCGUGCAGAUGACGCGCGGCUCGGGCUUCCGCCUUGGGGAGCGGGCGGCGGAGCCCGGGACGCGGAGACCUGGGGUCGCUGCAGCUGGGCGGCCCGCGGGCCCAGGGUGGGAAUGCACCGCCGUGGGGUGGGAGCUGGCGCCAUCGCCAAGAAGAAACUUGCAGAGGCCAAGUAUAAGGAGCGAGGGACGGUCUUGGCUGAGGACCAGCUAGCCCAGAUGUCAAAGCAGUUGGACAUGUUCAAGACCAACCUGGAGGAAUUUGCCAGCAAGCACAAGCAGGAGAUCCGGAAGAAUCCUGAGUUCCGUGUGCAGUUCCAGGACAUGUGUGCAACCAUUGGCGUGGAUCCGCUGGCCUCUGGAAAAGGAUUUUGGUCUGAGAUGCUGGGCGUGGGGGACUUCUAUUACGAACUAGGUGUCCAAAUUAUCGAAGUGUGCCUGGCGCUGAAGCAUCGGAAUGGAGGUCUGAUAACUUUGGAGGAACUACAUCAACAGGUGUUGAAGGGAAGGGGCAAGUUCGCCCAGGAUGUCAGUCAAGACGACCUGAUCAGAGCCAUCAAGAAACUAAAGGCACUUGGCACUGGCUUCGGCAUCAUCCCUGUGGGCGGCACUUACCUCAUUCAGUCUGUUCCAGCUGAGCUCAAUAUGGAUCACACCGUGGUGCUACAGCUGGCAGAGGAACACCUGCUGAAGGAAGGGUUGGCGUGGCUGGAUUUACAGGCCCCAGGGGAGGCCCACUACUGGCUGCCAGCUCUCUUCACUGACCUCUACUCCCAAGAGAUUACAGCUGAAGAGGCCAGAGAAGCCCUCCCCUGACUGCGUGUGGAAUGGCACACAGCAGCAGGCAGGGAGGAGGAGGAGGGCAAAUAAACCUGGGUAGUUUUGUUUAUAAAAAAAAAAAAAAAUAGAAAAAGUUCCAAGUUUUUCUUUCUUCCCCCAUUCUUUUAUUUUUGAAAAGUGCCUUCACAUUGCAUCUUUAUUGGAGAAGACCUCGCUCAUUCAGUAAGGAUAAUCUGAUUAACACAGAAAACGGCAAGCACAUAUAAAAUGAUUUGUGCAGGUCAUCUGCAAGUUCAUGGAAGAGCUGGGCCUGGAAUGCAGGUUGUUUCCUGGCCUGUCUAGUCUUUGUAGCUGUGAGACAUAGAUUACAGCCUAUGCUAAUUCAAAAAUUUUUAAUAAAAUGUUUCUUAUCUCAAACUAGCUGGUCCUAAUGGACCAGUAAAUACUAUUCACUCUUUCAGCCUCUUCUGGUUUCCUCUGUAGAGGCUCUAGGUUAUGACAAAGUUAGCUGUGAGUGUGAAGGAAAUAGAAGUCAAUGUCCAAUCGUGGCUCAACUGGAGGAAAGAAAACAAUGGACUCUGAGGGGAAUCAAACAAUAGUUAGGGAAUGUUCUAUUUUCUCAAAUUCCCUACUAGCUUUCUCACCCUCCUGUACUAGAUUGCCAGGUCCCUCUAGCCUCAGUAGUGGGAAAGGGAGUCAUUUACUGAACACCUACCCUGUCCCAUUUUACAUAUAGCUCACUUAAAUUUCACCAAGUAGGCAGCCUUCAGCGUCACAGGUGAUUGAAUCAAAGUAAUUUGCCAGGGGCCGCCAGCUUCAGCGGAGCCAAAGCUGAAGCCUAGGCCUAUUAACCCGAGCCCAUGCCUUCAUGUAUCACUGCACAGUACAGAAUGGCAGCACAUACUACUGUGUGUAGACAUUUUUCUGCACACAUGGUCAGCCAAGAGUAAAAGCUUCUGCAUCAGAAAGCAAGAAUCUCCUACAGCAAGUAGAAGUGAUGAGGGAAGAGGCCAGAGUUGUUUAAGGCUCCCAAAGUCGUUAGUCUAAAGGCUAAGAUCCUUAAAAAGUGCUACUGUACUGGAAAUCUGAAAACUCAAUGGUUUUUCCAUACUGAGACCCUUCCUUUAGCAGGAUAUAGCCUGGGCCCAUCUCUACCUCUGCCUGUCCUUGUAGGACAUGCUCACUCCAAGUUCUGGAAUAGGUCUUUGGAAGCCGCUGAAACUAAGAUGUCACUGACUACCAGAGCCUUAAAAAAUGAACCCCAUUUCCAAUGAGAAAACUUGUCCUGCUCUCCCCACCCGGCCCCGCCCUUCCACCAUGUUAUGCAAGUCUUUGGCUUCCAGACAAUUCACAGUACUUUCCUUCUCCCUAACAGUUCCAGGCCUAGGUGAGGUGUAGUUAACAAGAUGAUCCCACUCCUCCUUUACACAAGCCCUCCCAUGCCCACAGGCACUUCCUCCUUCUGCCAAAACAAACUUUAUUGCACCAAAAAAAAAAAAAAAAAAAAAAAAAAAAAAAAGAAAACUUCAUUUA